AUGAGGACCACACAGAUGUCAUUCGCUUUUCUCUCCACAUUCGCUCUUGUUAAUGCCGCCGCCACUCCCCCCAGCAUCUACAGGCGUGCCCCCGCUCCCCCGACUCUCGCUAACGGAUAUGCCUACCAAGGCUGCUAUGUCGACGUUGGCCGCACAAUCAGUGCUGCCCAAACGGCUAAUGGCCAGAUGAGCAACGACGCUUGCACUGCCUACUGCUUCAGCAAGGGCUUUGCCUACGCCGGCACCGAGUAUGCUAACGAAUGCUACUGCGGAAACUCUUUGGCCAAGGGUGGCGUUCUCGCCAACGAGGCCGACUGCACCUCCGUGUGCAGUGGAGAUGCCACUCAGCCCUGCGGUGGUCCCAACCGCCUGUCAUUGUACAAGACUUCUCAGAUCACGGGUCCCUCUGUGAACCCUGGUGUCGGUGAUUGGAGCUCCAUUGGGUGCUACGCCGAGGGAACUACAGGUCGCGCCCUCACCUACGGUGUAGGCACCGUCCCUGCCGGCCAGAUGACCGUCGCCAAGUGUACCGCCGCGUGUGCCGCUGCCAACUUCAUCCUGGCUGGUGUCGAAUACUCUGGAGAGUGCUGUAAGUCGACACUGCAGUACAACAAGCCCUAG